AUGUGGUUACAUUGCUUCAACUGUCGCUUCAUAUGUUAUGCCGAGUGGAUUCCUGAUCCAUCAGUAUUUUCGACUCCGUCCACCGAAUUUAGCUCAAAGAAAAUCUGCAACCGAUGCCAUACCCCCUACAAGAUUAUAUUAUCUGACAUUCGUAUACCAAGAUAUGAUACCGAAAGCUGGAACUCGGUUUUUUCAGAAGUUAGAUCGAAGCCAUACAAAUUGAUGGUACAGAUAGUCAUGCGAUUUUAUGAGGCAUUGUUCGCAGAGGUUGGGAACAAAGAUGGGAUUGGUAAAGAUGGAAAAAUAUAUAAGUAUGGUGAAGGUCACUUUCAAUCCCUCAUCAACCACAUUCGAGCGCUCUCGCAAAAUCCAACCCUUUAUGCUGGCCACACCUUUGACGCCCAACAAUUGGAAAAGAUUGACACGGAAUCGGGGCGAACACUCUUACACAUGAUACUCAGGAGACACACACAUGAUUUGCCCCCCUCAUUUUACGCCACCCUUGCAACGUUGCUACAAAAGUAUGAUGGAAAGUUGGACAUCAAUUAUAAGUGCAGAGAAUGGGGAAAUACACCAUUUGGUACCGCAUUGACCUUACUAGACCCCAGAUUACUUAUCACACUUAUUGAGAACAGCCCCAGUCCCCCAGAUUUUAGGAUCGCAAACAAACAGCAUCAGACGCCACUACAUCGAUUCUUCUCCAACAUUACGUUCAAUAUGCGGUACAAAGAAGAAGAAAUACUCAGACUUAUCCAAUGCGUUAAAGUAAUCGCCGAGUACCUUACAAAUCAUAUGACAGCGGCAGAAAUUUCGAUCUUGACGAAGAUCAAGGACAUGACACAAUUUACAAUAGGCGCAGUGUGUAAAAACGCGAUUGCAAGAUUCCGAAGUAAAGGGAGUGAACUCUCAAGAGUCCAAGAUGAAAUUGAGAAAUUUUAUAAUUUCUGGGUAACAUACGAGAAAAAGGCCAAAAAUAAUAAUACCAAAAAAUUAAGAACCGAGAAACCAAGUAUCAUUUACGAGAGAAACAUCGGAGAGAUAAUGCAAUUGGUAGACGAAUUUUAUUAUUAA